CAAAGCAAUUCAAGUCCACUUGACACACUGUUAUAAAGAUGGAGUUUAUUAAAAAGGAGAGAGAAGACAUGGAGAUUGAAGAAACAUUCAAAGAUGAAGAUACUGAGGAACAAACAGACCUGAUGGCACUAAAGGAAGAGAGGCAAGAACUUACAAAGAUAGAAGAGAAAGAUGAAUAUGAGAGACUUGACUUCAUGACCAUGGGAAAAUCCAUACAGACUGAAACAUCUUCACACACUGGAGAGAAGCCUUUUGCCUGCACACUGUGUGGGAAGAGCUUCUCAUGCAAACCAUCUCUGAAGAGUCACAUGGUCGUUCACACUGGAGAGAAGUUUCCAUGUGAUCACUGUGGAAAGUGUUUCAGACAUAAAUCAUCCCUUAAUUCACACAUGAAAGGUCACACUGGAGAGAGUCCGUAUACCUGCAGAAUGUGUGGGAAGAGCUUCUCAAUUAAAUCAACCCUUAAUGCCCACAUGAGGAGUCACACAGGAGAGAAACCCUUCACUUGUGAACUGUGCGGUAAGAGCUUCACACAAAAAGGAAAUCUUACGGGUCACAUGAAAACUCACACAGGAGAGAAGCCUUUUGUGUGUGCUCAGUGUGGAAAAUGUUUUUCACGUGAAACAAACCUCACUUACCACAUGAGGAUUCACUCAAAGGAGUAUAAUUGUCAGCAGUGUGGACAGAGAUUCCCAGACAAGAGACGCCUUAGUUGGCAUGAAAAAGAUCAUUCUCGAGAGUCUUUCACUUGCCAUGACUGUGGAAAGAGUUUCAGACUGAAAGGUCAAUUUAAGGUCCACAUGAGAAUCCACACUGGAGAGAAACCUUUCACCUGCACUCACUGUGGAAAGAGUUUCAGUCAGAAAGUAACACUUCAGAUUCACACGAGGCUUCACACUGGAGAGAAACCUUUUACCUGUCUUCAAUGUAAGAGGAGCUUCACAUAUCAACGAGACCUGAAACGUCAUUUCCAAAAACAUUCUGGAAAGAAACAACAGUCUUCUGCAAGUAAAAAGAGGCUCACAAAAGUAGUCUGAGAUAUCAAAAGCACGAUCCCUCUGGUGGAAGGCAGUUUAAUUGUGAUCUGUGUAAGAAAACAUUUCUUUUGCCAUCGCACUUACGGAUAGCCCUGAAAAGUCACACAGAUGUGGACAAUAUUUGUGUUCUUCAUGUGGAGGGUGUAUUAAAUGGCUCAGCAGUUUAAAAUAGCACCUGAAAAUAUGUAUCUGUGUGACAUUAUCGCUGCGUUCACACUGCAGCUGUCCUAAAUCUAAUUGUUCACCUUUAUGACCAAUUGCAUUUUUCAGCUCUUUAUGAAUUUGACAUUUUAUUUAUUUAACUAUUUAUUUAAUUAUUUAUUUAAUAUAUACUUAUGAACGACUGUGAACAUACCUGACCAUCUACUUUGUCCAGUUGUUCUGAAAAAUUGGGUUUGUUCCCCAGACACAACUUUGUGAAUAUGAAAUUCAUCUUUAAAACUUUACUGGAUUUUACAUUCACCACUGUCAAAAGUGAAUGUCAUAAGUGUGACUAUUAUUAUUAGCUCAGUUGAUGUUAAUGUAAAGUUAAUUCGUUAUUAAACUCAAUUCAUAAGAAAAAUAAGUGUAAUUGCUUCCCAGAAAUGUCUUAC